AUGAUCAGCAAUAUUUUCUCGCGUCUGACCAUACUUACGUUCGGUACCCUGUAUCCUGCCUAUUACUCCUUUAAAACGGUGCGCGCCAAAUCUAUCGAUGAAUAUAUGAAAUGGAUGACAUAUUGGAUUGUUUUUGCCAUUUUCUCAGCAGCUGAAACGUUUACCGAUGUCUUCCUCAAAUGGUUGCCUUUCUACUAUGAACUGAAGAUAUUGUUAAUAUUUUGGCUGCUACCCUCAAUGGGCAAUGGUAGUCCAAUUAUCUAUCGUAAAUGUUUACAUCCAUUCUUGAGAAAACAUGAGACACGCAUCGAUCGUACCCUGCAAGAAGUGAAACAUCGUGGCCAGGAUAUGAUCUUCCAUUAUGCCAGUGAAGCCGUGAUGUUCAUUGGACGAGCUGUUAUGAAUGUUGUCCAGAAAAAUAUGCCAAAUGGUGUGUUGUCAUUGUUGGCCAAUCAUGGUAUCAACGAUGGUGGUGGAAGGUCAACAACUAUGCGUCCGGUGGCAAAUUCUACAUUGGUUAUUGAGGAGGAACCAAUGCCAAGUACCUCAUUGGGUGUUAGUAGAGCCACAACAAGGCGUAAAUCACCAGGGAGGAGAGUUGUUAAUGAGACAACAACAAGUGAGCAGCAACAGUCAUCAUCAUCUAACAACAACAACAACAAUGUAAAAGGAAGGCAACGUCGUGGCCGUUCAACAAAACCAAAUGAUUCUGACUUGGAUAUCAAUUUAGAUGAAUAUUAA